CCCCCCAGCACGAAAACAACUGUACGAAUAGGACCACGACGCCAUAGAGGAACUACAGGGGGUGUUGUUGUACGAAGACGAAGUAGAGCAUCAUGGCGGACAAAGACAAGAUGGCGAAGUACCGGACGGAGAUCCAGCAGAGAAGGAUAUGAAGAUCUUUUAAUGUGGAUGGUUUUCCUCUGCGUCUACGAUGGUCCGAUCAUUGCAUCCGUUUCCUCUUCGGCGACGACCUGCAUAUGCAAGUCUUUAAGAUUCGACCUGUCGCUUUCAGCAGGUUCACUUUCAUUAUGGUUUGGACAUCCAUGUCUUGUUCGAAACUCUCAGCGUACACCAGCUGUUGGCUCAAUACCUUCAUUCCCAGCAUAGUCCCCUCUUUUACAUAUAUCAGCAAUCUCGUGGCUGUACUCUCCUUCACCUUCACCUUAUCAUCUGUUUACCUGAGUAUUGUCAACAUCCGAGCUUCUCCCCAAAAGCUUUUGCACAAGUUGCCCAUUGCUCAUUCUGUCCUACCAACCUAUUUCCUCAAUCACACACCCGGCAUCUUUUCAAAUCUACCUUCAUACUGCUCGGCCAUAAUGGUAUUUUCAAAACCGUUGUCGCCACCUCGGUCUCGCUCCUCAUCGCCGGAGCAACUGUUACCAUUUGACAUUGGACUUGACCUUACAAUCCCGCAGAUGAUGUUCGUGUCCGGCGAGACUGGCGAACCCUCCCCCGAAACCACGACUCUCAUAGAAUCCAUCGUGCAAGACCAGGUGCAACACAUGCUCCGCGAAUGCACUGCCCUCGCCACCCGUCGUGGUAGCAAAUCAAUUUCCACAGACGAUCUGUUCAUGCUCAUUCGACACGAUCGUGCAAAGAUCUCGCGCUUACGGCAUUUCCUGCAGUGGAAAGACGUCCGCCGCUCCGUAAAAGACAGCGACGACAAGGGAGGAGACGCCGGCGCUGAUGUAGGUGCUGGUGACGCCGACAUUGCUGCCGGAGUAGUAGGAGCAGGAUCAGGCCCCUCAGGCGGACCCGACGCUGGCAAGAAAGCCAAACGCGCCAAAGUCGACCUAGUCUGGGACGUGCACUCGUUCUUCUCCGAGUUCCCUCCCUUGAUGGAUGAUGUCGAGGACGAAGAGGAAGAAGAAAUGAACUACGCAACUCUAAAACGCCUGAAAAACGCAGACGAACGUACAAAGAACAUGACGCGUGAGGAAUACGUCCACUGGUCUGAUUGCCGCCAAGCCUCAUUCACCUACCGUAAAGGCAAGCGGUUUAAGGAAUGGGCUGGCUUCGGCCUCAUCACUGACUCCAAGCCCUCUGACGACAUCAUCGAUAUCCUCGGCUUCCUAACCUUUGAAAUCGUGCAGACACUCACGGAAGAGGCGUUGAAAGUCAAGGAUGCAGAGGAUCUGUACAAAAAAAAUCACGGCGGAGAGCAGAAUCGUUUGAAGAGGAAGCGGGAGAGGGGCCUGUUUGAUCCGCCCGAGGAGGCGAGGGAGCCGGUGCAGCCGAGUCAUGUGCAGGAGGGGUAUAGGAGGCUGCAGAGGGGUGGGAAUAAGAGUAGGGCCAUGUUGAACUUCACGAGGAAUGUGCAUCGGGCGGCGCUGAAAUUGGUGAAUUUGAAAGCCGCCAUCAUGAUUGGAAUCCGUGGUCGUAAGGAGUUGGGAUAUGGCGUUUACGGUUUUUCGAUACCCAUGGACGGCUGGCAUCAUGGGCUACGGCGUAUUUGUCAAGCGGCGACCUGUGUACAUGAAGAUUCAUCAAUGAGGGAGCUCAAUUGUAGUAUGCAGCUUGUGCAGUAG